AUGAACGUUCAGAGCUUCCCACGGCCGCCCCGACUGGAGAAAAUAUCUCGACAUCUACUGGUCGUGUACAAGGGGCAAACGAUUGCUGAGACCAAAGAGGCGUUUUGGGCUUUGGAGACUCACCAUCCGCCAACUUACUAUCUCCCACCGUCAUCUGUUCGGAUUCCCCUGGCUACGACUGCGAAGAAGACAUUCUGCGAAUGGAAAGGAUUUGCAACCUACUACAUGGCCCAACUCAGCGAUGGUAAAACCGUCUGCAACCGGAUAUGGUCGUAUGACCAACCCGCCUCGCCAUUUGAACCCAUUCAGGGAUAUCUAUCCUUUUACGCCGAGCCUUGGGAGUGUUUUGUCGACGGCGAGAAAGUCGAGCCGCAGCCUGGAGACUUUUAUGGCGGAUGGGUGACUUCCGAGAUUGAAGGCAUCGUUAAGGGUCGGUCUGGUAAUCUGGACCCAAUAGUUUGA